AUCUUGACCUGGCAUUAAAAUUUAAAAUUCCUAUAAAUUUACCUCUUUAAUUUUUCGAUAACAAAUGCUUAAAUUAUUUUUCCAACUAGUUGCCAACAAGCAGAUCCUUCAAAAAGUAGAGAGGACCCUUAUAUACCCUACCUUUAAUCACCUAGAAAUGUCCCGAUCCAAAGCUACGGUCAAUCGUCCCACGGACUUGAGUCCUCCCUUAGUCGAGGAGGCAAAUGCUAGGAUUGUGUAUCCCGAAGCACGGAAGGAUGGAAAAUUUGAGGAAAUGCUGCAUGAGUAUAGAAUAAGAGAUGUCUAUCGUUGGCUGGAGGAUCCAGAUUCGAUUGAAACUCAAAGGUUCGUGAACGCUCAAAAUAAUAUUAGCCAACCGUUUCUCGAGAGAUGUGAGGAAUGGGAAAGUUUCAAUGCCAAACUGACAAAGAUCUGGAAUUUCCCGAAGUACGGAUGCCCCAUGCGUCAUGGUGAUUACUAUUACUAUUUCAAGAACACUGGCCUACAGAAUCAGAGUGUUAUGAUGCAGCAGGAGAAUUUGGAGAGCCCAGAGGUGGUAUUCCUAGACGCCAAUAGUCUGUCCGCCGAUGGAACCACCGCACUGAGUCAUAAAACAUUCUCCGAAGAUGGGGCCUACAUGGCCUAUGGACUAAGUGAAAGUGGUUCAGAUUGGAAUAAAAUACGUAUAAGAAAGGCUAAGGAACGCACCGAUUUUCCCGAAACUCUGGAGAAGGUAAAGUUUUCGAAUGUCUCCUGGACGAAGGACAACAAGGGCUUCUUCUAUGGUCGGUAUUCCGAUCAAGAUGGCAAAACUGAUGGUUCGGAAACAAAGCAGAAUGAAAACCAAAAAUUAUAUUACCAUCGAGUGGGAGAAAGACAAGAUCAGGACACUUUGAUUGCGGAAUUUCCCGAACACCCCUCUUGGCGGUUCCAAACCGAUGUUACCGACUGUGGCAAAUAUCUAAUCCUAUUCAUAAGUCACACGGUUCGAGAUAAUAUGCUGUACUAUGCUGAUUUGAAACCUGAUGAACCAAUAACUUCUAAGCUGGAUUUUAAGCCCAUUGUGGAUAAAUUUGAGGCUGACUACGAUUACAUAACCAACGAGGGAUCCAAAAUGUACUUCCACACAAACAAAGAUGCUCCCAAAUACCGAAUUGCUGUGAUUGAUUUUAACAAUCCGGCUGAGGACACCCUAAUACCAGAACACGAGAAAGAUGUUUUAGAGUGGGCCAAGUGCGUGAAUGAGGACAAGCUGUUGGUUUGCUAUAACCGUGAUGUAAAGCAUAUUCUUCAGGCCCGUGAGUUGCAUACUGGAAAUCUCAUCCGCCAAUUUGGUCUGGAUAUCGGCUCCAUAAAUGGAAUUUCGGGAAAACGGAAGUAUUCGGAGAUCUUCUAUGGUUUCUCAUCCUUUCUAACGCCUGGCAUAAUUUACCACUACGACUUUGCCAAGCCCGUUGAAAAGCCAAAGGUUCUGCGAGAAAUCAAUCUGAAUUUGGAGGGCUUUAACCGUGACGAUUACAGUGUGGAACAGGUGUUCUACAAAAGCGCCGAUGACACCAAUAUACCCAUGUUCAUCAUCCAAAGAAAGAGGGAUAAUGUGGAGCCCCGACCUUGUUUGCUCUAUGGAUAUGGCGGAUUCAACUACAGCCUAAUGCCUUCUUUUGGCAUAACUGGUCUCAUGUUUAUAGACACAUUUGAUGGAGUUUUGGCUUUUCCGAAUAUAAGAGGAGGCGGGGAAUAUGGCAUAGAGUGGCACAACGGAGGUAGGUUGUUGAACAAACAAAAUGGGUUCAAUGACUUUCAAGCGGCUGCAGAGUUUUUGACCCGAAAUAACUAUACCACUAAGGAUCGAUUGGCGAUUCAGGGUGCUUCGAAUGGUGGACUUUUGGUGGGGGCCUGCAUUAAUCAGCGCCCGGAACUUUUCGGAGCAGCCGUUGCACAAGUGGGAGUUAUGGAUAUGUUGCGAUUCCACAAGUUUACCAUCGGUCAUGCCUGGUGCUCGGACUACGGAAAUCCCGAUGAGAAGGAGCACUUUGCCAACCUCUUCAAGUACUCGCCCCUACACAAUGUACAUAUUCCCCUGAACCCAAAUCAGGAGUAUCCUUCGACUUUGAUCCUGACGGCCGAUCACGAUGACCGAGUGAGUCCUUUGCACUCCCUUAAGUUUGCUGCCGCUCUCCAGGAAGCCGUGCGGUACUCUGAAUACCAACUCAAUCCCAUUCUAUUGAGGGUCUAUACCAAGGCAGGUCAUGGAGCUGGAAAACCCACCAAGAUGCGCAUCAGUGAGGCCACGGAUAUCAUCACUUUUUUCAAGAAGACACUCAAAGUCGACACUAUCAAUCUGUGAAGCAAAUUUAGAGCACUUCUUUAAAUAACUUUGCUUCUAGAUAUAAAUUUUUAAAAAUUAGUUUGGCAACUAUUUCAUUUA